AUGCAUUAUCUAGAAGAUUAUCUAGAAUUACUUGAUCCAUUACCUGAAAUCAUGCGUGAAAAAUUAACUUUAAUGCGUGAAAAUGAUUUAAAAAAUCAAGCUGAAUUUGCCCAAUUAGAAGAUGAUACAUCAAAAUUUCUUAGUAAUUAUCGUCAAUAUCAACAACAAACUUCACUUUCACCAACACGAUCGAGAAUUAAUACACAUCGUUCAACAACAAAUACAAAUGAAGAAUCAACAACUAAUUUAAUAAAUACAAAUGAACAACAUUUAACAGCUGAACAAUUAGCUGCACAACAAGAAAAACAAGCUGAAUAUGAUAAACUUGUUGAAAGACAUCAACUAUUAAUAAAAGCUACAACAACAAAAAUUAAUUUAGCUAAUGAAUCUCAUGAUAUUGUUGAACGUUAUUAUAAAAAACUUGAAAAUGAUUUAAGUAAAUUUAAAAUGGAACUUGAAGCUGAUUAUUCAGGAAUAACAGAAACAUUAGAAAAACGUUUUGCCAGUGAAGGUUUCAAUGAAUAUGAUAAUACAAUAGGCGAGAAUAAUAACUUCGAUCCAUCGGUACUAGAUAUGGAACCUCUGUUGGAUUCAUUAGAUGAUAUAACAAUGUCAAGUACAUUAACAGAUGAUUAUACAAAUCAAUCAACAUUAAGUUAUUUAAUGUCAUCUCAAUCUCGUCGUUUAUCAACUAGUUUACAUCCAUCAAAUUCUUCUUCAUCAUUUACUCGAAAACAAAAUCCACAACGUAUUCUUUCAAAUUCAUCAACAUCAUCACGUGGUCGAAAACGUUUACAAGGUAUAUCAUCAACAAGUAAUAUUGGUAAACAUCGAAAACGAAGUAUGACACGUAAUCCAUUUCUUAAUGAAUCAUAUCAAUCACAUCCACUUCAUCAUAUAUUACCACCAAGUGAUAGUGAUGAAUCAUCAUCAGCAUCAAAUUUACAAUCAAAUAAUACAACAACAACAACAACAACCACAACAACAGAUUAUUUUCAAAUAAAUAACCAAACAGCAUCGCCAAAUUUAUUUGACGAUGAAACAAAUGGUGAUUUUGAUUCAACAAAUGUUUUAUCUAAUUUUCCUGGACAAGCUAUUGAUGAACGUCGUUAUUGUUUUUGUAAUGAAAUGAGUUAUGGUGAUAUGAUUGCAUGUGAUAAUCCAACAUGUCGUCGGGAAUGGUUUCAUUAUCCAUGUGUAGGUAUUGUUACACCACCGAAAGGUAAAUGGUUUUGUGCUGAAUGUACUCAAAUGCAACAACAACAACAACAA